UUAGAGAGAUUGUUUGAGCGUCACAUAGAAAAAAAUAAACAUCAUUUGGAGGAGAAAAAAAUGCGUCACAUGCUUCAUGUCCUGAAGGUCGAUUUAGGCUGUACUCCUGAGGGGCAAAAUGAAAAACAAAAUGGUACCCUAAAUAUGUCAAAUUUAUUUGCUUUUGAAAAGCUUGGAACUCCAGAAGCAACACAAUUAACAGAUGAAAAUGAAAUCUUAGUGUCUCCUUCCAACAAUGAACAACACCAAAAAUCUCUGGAUUUACAAGAUAAGAAUCUGGUUGAAGAUUUGAUUCAUAAGGAAAUGGCAUUCAGUCCCCCACAUGAUAUUGUACGACCCAGCUCUGGAAAUAAGUAUUCAGAAGAUAAUGAGGUUAUUGGUGAAACAAAUCUUGAAUCAUCAGCACAGCCUGAAGAACCAGAUGUUUCCUACACUUCUCUGGACCCUGUAUCUCUUACAGACUCCUUUGAGGAAGGUAGUAAUGACCUUGAAAAAACAGAGUCUGGAAGUUUUUGGGGUCAAAUAUCUCCCCCUUGUGUUCAAAACUCCAUUAAGGAGAAUGAUUAUCAUGAUACAGAAACAGCAACUUCCAAUCUCUCUGAAGGAAUCAAUGAGCAAUUUCCCUUGGAUAAUUGAUGUUAGUUAAUAAAUAUUCCA